GUGUUGUGAAAAUCGUUUGUGCCGACCGAACCAUUGUGCACAAUGUACACUUACAUAUCUGCCUUACUGGCUUGUUGUUGUUGUUGUUGUUGUUGGAAAAAGGUCUAAAUGUUUGGUUGCUCGUCGAUCGGCUACUUCAACUGCCAACAAACGACUGAACGCCGCGUGUGCAUAAACAACACAAAACCAGUGUCAAUGUUCGCCUCAUUAUUUCAAUCCAAUUGGAAUAUUUUCGACGCUACCACAGUCAGAAAGGAAUAAAAUACAAAAAAUAUAUAGAGUAGCAUGACACAAAUUGUUUAAUAUUUUUAUGGUUUUACUUGAGACGGUGAAAUAAAAGCAAAUAAAAAAAAACGAACAAAAACAAAUCGUGCAUUGGUGAUGAAUCGUAGUGGAACAGUAGUAAAAAGGAGUGACCAACCCUCAAAAAUAAUGAUGAAUGUUUAAGGCGGCUAGAACACGCGAACGAUACAUUCAGAAUAAGAAAUAGAAACAUUUGACAUUGAACAUGGAUAACGGUGGUUUUAACUAUAAGCUACCGAAACUACCUGCGAAAAAUGGCGUUAGUUUGACGCGGUCAACGAUGAGCAGUAAUUUCGCCCUCGUCCCAAACACAACGGUGAAUGGCCAUCGAUAUUCCAGUAUCGAAGUGAAUAGUGGUAGCAGUGGCAGUAGUGACCUAAGUACCAAUAGCAGUGGUUGUGAAAUUCGCACAAGAAAUCGGCAUGCAAUUCAGCGACAAGGAAACGUUUCGAUAAAUCCAUACAAUCGAUGGACAGUGAAUUCAUUUGAAACAUCAAACAAAUAUUACGACAAUAAAAAAGGAAUCGAUACAUCGUCCAGUGCAAAUGAUACCAAUAACAUAUACGCAAUUGCCGAUAAAUCAAAAUGGACACACAAAACACCAAUCAAUGGAAAUAUUUCAGUAAAUACAUCAGCACAUUCGAAUGGGUGGGCUGGCUUUCAUCAAACGAAGCCGUUUCUAGAUAACGCAUCAAACGGAUCUAAACUGUGGCUUAGCGACUCUAAUAAACCAUUUUACCGCUACAAUACCGAUCGAAAUCAUCACGAAGUGAACAAACACACGAAACAGCUGUCAGGUGAUCAUCGGAUACGGAUUACGGUAAAUGGUGGCGAUGAACACCGCAGCUCAUUCAGUGGUGAUCAAAAUCAAAAUUACAACGAAGAAAGUGAAUCGGGUGCAUCGGUUACGAUUGUUGAAAUAGAUGAUGUGCAACAAUCAAACGAUGACACAAACACACCGCACAUAAUCAAAAACACUCUGCAUGUGACACCACCGAGAUAUAUAAAUAGUUCGGUGAAACGGUAUAAUGAAAAACCAAUCGAUGUUCCCGAAGACUUUGAGCGAAAAGCGUACGAAUUUCGAAGAAACGAAUUGAGCCCAUUCGUUAGGAAUUUACAACCCAAUUCGCAGCGUCAACGGAAAAAUUCUCCGGCACCGCGAAUACCGAUCAAAACUCCAAAAGAAAAUACAACCGAAACUAUGGGCAACGGUUGUUCUAAAAAUGUUCGAAGACUGAAUAAAAAUACGGUAGCACCAAAUCAUGUCGCCAGCACUUCCACCACUCCAAUCAUUGCCCAUUAUGCCGAGCCAAUAAAAUUGCACAGCACUCACAGUUUGGCCAAUAAGUCCAUCAAUGAAGUCACACCAUCAACAUCAACAUCAACGUCAUCCAACCGAAGAGUUCAAAAUACAACACCGCGGCUCGAAUUAUACCAUACUCAUAUAGAAAAAACUGAUGCAAGGAAUACACAGAGCUCUUCCAAUUUUGAUUCGGAGGCAUUCAAUUUGGCCUCGUGCAUCGACACCAAGUCCAUAAUUUUUGAUAAAAGUGAAACCAAAGCGACAAAGCCAUUGUGUGUACGCAGUUCAAGUGUUGAUAGUUCUAGCAAUAAGUCCGUUCAAAGAAGUGAAGUGAAUAAGUUUACCGCACAUUUGCAUCGAUUGUUUCGAAGCAAUCAGAAUUUAGCAUCAUCACCAACGGCAAAUGCAACGGCCAAAAACGAGGCGAACGUUAGUUUUCCAAAAUUGUAUCGUCGUUUCAGUGGCAGUGUACAGUCAUUGUUUAAUAGCAAUUUGAAUAAUAAUCGAAAGCGAAAUUUAAGUGCCAGCGAUACAAAUUUGAAUCGUAUCAAUCGCUGCGCAAUGACUCAACAGCAGUUAAUUGAUAAUGAUUAUUGCCCGUCUGUGUUGUACAAUCGCAAAGCCCGAAAAUCAUACAGUGAGAAAAAUUUAGAAAAAACUCAAACAUUUUCACGGUGGAAAAAUCAACUUUGGCUUAAAUUUUCCCGCAAACGAACCGAUCCAAGCGUACCCAAAUCGAUUCAAGCGAUAGAUGGUGGGUUUUUUGAAAAGUUUGGUUCGCUAUUGCGUCAACGAUCGGAUACAGCCGAAGAUUUGCUUGUCAAUUCGCAUGCAAUACAAGCACCCGCUGACAAUCAUGCCACCGACUCAGUGUCAUUGCGUACAAUCGAGGAGCACGAAAAUGACAGUGGCACCGAAACAUUGCAGGACACAGACAGUGAACCCGAAGAUCAGCAUUCGAAACAAGAGGAACUUAUUAAAGAGCUCACCGGAUCAAAUACCGAGGAACUCUACGAAGAAAUCCUUUAUCAAAUACUACACAAUGUUGGAUGCGAAACAGAAAAUGAAACGUGCCAGAGUUCCCUGUUUGGGUACAUUCAAGAAGCCUUCAAGGUAACGAAUGCCCGUCACGAUGAAUUGUUAGGCGCAGCAGCCAUGAAGAAGCCACCAGAGAUGCGCUUGAAUGUCGAAGUGAUUGAAGCAAAAGAGCUAGAACCAAAGGAUCCCAAUGGAUUGUCCGAUCCAUUCGUCACAAUGUACAUUGGAUCGGCUCCAUCACAUCGAUAUAACACUUCGGUCAAAACGUGCACAUUGAAUCCUACAUGGGAAGAACACUUCUCACUGCCAUUGUUGAAUGGAACGGGUGAUGAGAGCUUAGUGAUUGAAGUGUGGGAUUUCGAUCCAGCUGAGACGCUCGGCGAGAAAAUGACCAAAUUCCUGGAUAUCAAAGGUGUUCGUGGUUUUCGUAAGUUGAUGAAAGAGAUUGCUGUAACAGCAUCAACGGGCAAACAUGACAACGAAUUGAUUGGAAGAUGUAGCAUUCCAUUGCGGACAAUUUCAACUUCGGGCUUGGUAAUGUGGUUCAAUUUGGACAAGAAAAAUAAGGCAAAACACCAAGGUUUGCUCAAGUUGCGGUUGUCAUUCAGUGCUGAGAAAAAUUGCAAGGUAGCCGUCAACGAGCAUAAGCAUUUAUUGCGUCUUCUUUUGUUGCACGAAUUGGAAUCGUCACGAGUGGCACCGUAUUGGUGGUCGGGAAAAUUCAGUGAACAAGGCGAAGCGGUGAUCGCACAACAUUCGGCUCAAAGUGGAAUCAGUGCAAAUACACGUGCCAUUGCGCAAUGGUCUGCAUACACAACGAUUCAUUCGAAUCAUGCAUUGUCCUUCAAGUUGUUUGAAGGUUUGUUGGAGAAACUAUUGCGAUUCCUGAACUCGCCGGAAACACAAUUGGAAGACAAGAAGCUAUUUUGGGAAGGAGUCAAGAAAUUACUUCCAUCCUGCUUCUCAGUCAUUCGAAACAUUCGUAAGAAAACGUCCACCGAUAAAAACUGCAUAAAGAUGCUCAACGAAGUCUUGAGCAUUCUUUCAAUCAUUGGCACACUUUCACCGCCAAAGGAUGCCGAUCUGUUUUCGAAAAAUAUUUACGGGUGGCUUAAUAAGUCAAACGUAAACAUGAAGUCGCUCGACAUUUACACCGUAGUGGAAGAAGCCAUCCGAUCCGGUGCUCAAGAUUACUUGUUCCAAAUCAACGAGAUUCGUGAUGUGAAUCAGGAUAAUGACGAAGAAAACCUGCAGAAUGUGAUCAAAGUUACGCAAUUGGUUCGGGCAGAUUUGCAACGAGGAUUGGAAUUCUACGACAAAUUAUUCAAAGACCGCGUCCAAUGCAACUACACAUCAAUUUGUUACAUUUACUACGAGAAGGAAUUAUCGGAGAGUUUCCAAAUGACGAUCGAACGAGCUUGUAAGCAUCUAAAGCGGAUAUCAAUGCCAGAUAAUCCAGGUGAACAGUUUGCUGAAAAUGACGAAGUCAACAUGGGCACCACUUUAUUCGAAGUGUAUUUGAUCUUGAAACGAUUUGCUGCUCUGAGCAGCGCCAUUUGCCCGGACACAACUGUGUUCCGAAUCAACGAUUAUCACAACUGGUUCACAAGUGGUGUGGCGCAUUGGUUGGACAUUUCAUUGUACAAAGCAUUGAAACGCAUCGAAAAGGCCAUCGAAUUGGAUAAAUUGACGCCAGUCGACGAUACCGUGAAAUACAGUUCAUCUGCUGUUGACACGCUCUCCAUAUUCUAUCAAAUCAAAAUAUUCUGGCAACAAUUGAAUUGGCCAGACGUUGAAGGAUGUUACACAUUCAUCGCAAAGAUUGUCGAUGACAUUUGCCGUUGUUGUGUUUUCUAUGCCGACACAAUGUCGUCGCGCGUCGAAGGCCUUGGCAAUAUUCAAGAUGUUUACGAUGGCAACAAAUUUGAAGUGACACCAGAGUGGUGUUUAGCCAUAAAUAACAUUGACUACAUACGCCAAAGUUUGGCACCAUUCAUCAAGGAGCUAAAAGUCGAAGAAAUCAUCACCAAGUUGGCGGAAUAUCGAAGCCAAGCUGAAGCACAACGAUGCGAGGAAACACUGAAAAAUGUCGUCGAAAAUGCCGUCGACACCGAAGAAAAUAAGAUUGUCCAAUUGAUUGAGAUCGUUGCCCGCAAAAUGAGUCCACCGAUGCGUAAAUUUUUAAUGGAAGGAGCGGAAAUAUUGCAUCAAGAUUCUAACUCAAUGGAUCGACUCAUGAUGUACCUCGAGGAUUCACUGAAAACACUCAACACCGAACUUAAUGAAGUCAAUUUUGAACGCAUUUUAGCCGCCAUUUGGGAAGAAUUAGCCAUCAUUCUACGGGAUUUAGUACAAACGAAUUUAGAUAAACGUCGACCGCCACAGUUUUUCAGUAAUCUACGCGAAAGCCUGCGCAUCAUGGUAAAGAGCUUUAAAUGUGGCGAUACUGCCAGCACAUGUGUCGAACGAGAAACGCUCGCCGAAACUGAAAAACUUUUGCAGUUGCACAGCUACGAAACCAGCGAUCUCAUCCAUCAGUAUUAUUAUGAACGGUAUAAAGAACAACAGGCCAUGGAAGAUGCAACAUUCGGUCAACUAACCGUUCGAUGCGGAUUCUCAGAUGAUAAUUGCAUUGAGAUCGAAAUAAUCAACGCCCGAAAUUUGGUGCCAAUCGCCAGUAAUGGAACGUGUGAUCCAUUUGUACGAAUCCAAUUCAGUCCGGAAGAGAAAUUCGGCGUCACAACGAAGUAUAAAACGAAUUUUCAGAACAAAACAUUAUUCCCACUUUUCGAUGAGAAGUUUGUGAUUCCAAUAAGCAACGAUCAGCGAUCGAUUGAAAAGGCUAUGAUUAUGUUCAGUGUGAAAGAUCGAGACUUGUUGGGUUUUUCGAAUCAAUACAUAGCUGAAUGUUUCUUGCCAUUCAACGAAAUAGCAAAUGAUCAGCGAGGUGAACAAGUUCACUUGAAAUUGAGCCGUCCAAAAACUUCAGAUUGUCCGCACAUAAAUGCACUGAAAUUGCGCGAAGGCGAUAAGCUGGCAAAAGAGUUUAUGAAAAAGUUGAAGCAAAAACUCUCAUCAUCAUAAAAUAC